CUUUUCCUGCUCGGUAAUAAGAAACUUACCGCAAGAUGAAACCUUCAUGUACAGAACAGUCAGAUGUCAGGAGUCGAAGAAGUUGAUCGAAUGAAGACUUAAGAAAGAGACAGAGGAGUGAAGUGAAUAUCAUCAUGUCCAGCAGAGUUGGCGGAGUGGCUGUUGCUCAAAAACAGGCUCUCAGGAGAAAUGGGAGUUGUAAUUUACCUCCUCAAUUGAGUGAUCUAAGGAUUGUUCUUCUGGGCAAGAACGUGGCAGAAAACAGUCAAGUGGGAAACUUCCUGUUAGGACGAGCAGCGUUUGACAGUGAAGCUCCUCCAGAUGUUGUAGAGCGAGUCGGAGGAAGACUGAAGGACAGACAUGUGACCAUCAUCAGCAGCCCUCAGCUGCUCCAGACAAACAUCUCAGAUCUUCAGAUCACACAGACAGUGAGAGAGUGUGUGUAUCUGUCUGAUCCAGGACCUCAUGUGAUCGUGCUGCUCCUCAAACAUGAGCAGUGUUCAACAGAAGAUCACGAGUGUGUGGAGAAGGUGCUGCACUCUUUCUCUGACUGUGUUUAUCAACACACCAUGAUGCUCACGACACAAGAGACCAAUGAAACCAAUGACAUCCUACAGAAAAUCAUUCAGAAAUGUGCAAACAGACACUUCAGUCUGCAGAGAAGCAGCUCUCCAGAUGAUCUUCUCAAGAUGUUUGAGGACAUUGUGAAAAUGAAUGAUGGACAUCACCUGGUUUGUGCUGAAUAUGAAGCUCCACAGAGUCUGACAGUGAAACAACAGCCAAUAGAAAGAUAUGGUGUGAAGCUGAAUCUGGUUGUGUGUGGAAGUGACGGGACAUUGAAAUCCUUCAUAUCAGAGCGGAUCCUCCAGCAGACAGACAGAAGAUCAGAUGUGGAGCUUCAUGGACAUCAGAUCAGUCUGGUGGAGCUUCCAGCUCUGUUUAACAUUCGGCGCUCAGAGGAGGAAGUGAUGCGUCAGACUCUUCACUGUGUGUCUCUCUGUCACCCUGGAGUUCAUGUUUUCCUCCUCAUUAUUCCUGAUGCUCCACUAACUGAUGAAGACAAAGCAGAAAUGGAGGAGAUACAGAGGAUUUUCAGCUCAAGAAUCAACAAACACAUUAUGAUCCUCAUAAUGCAGGAUUCAGAGCAUCAGACAGAAGAACUCAAUGCAGAAACACAGUCUGUCUUUGAGAGUUUUGGAGGACGACAUCAUUUCUUUGGUCCCAGCACACAAGUGUCCACAUUGAUGGAGAAAAUCGAGCAGAUGCUGGAAGAAAACAGAGGACAGUAUUUCUCUGCAGAGACAUUUUUGGAGGCUCAGAUGAAAAAACUGCUGCAAUUUGAAGAGAUGAAGAAAAAAAUUCAUUCAUUAGAGACACAUUUUCUGUCCAAGGGUCCAACAGACAGCCAAGAUGAUCUGAGGAUUGUGCUGCUGGGAAAAACUGGAGUUGGGAAGAGUGCUACUGGAAACACCAUCUUAGGAAGAAAUGCAUUCAAAGCAGAAGAAUCUUUUCAAUCAGUGACCAGUGAGACUCAGAGAGAAACAGUCGAAAUCAACGGCCGACAAAUUACUGUGAUCGACACUCCAGGACUGUUUGAUACUGAACUUACUAAUGAGGAGAUCCAGAAAGAAAUCACCAACUGCAUCUCCAUGGUACUGCCUGGACCACAUGUGUUUCUCUUACUGAUACCACUGGGACGAUUCACUCCAGAAGAAGCUAAAUCAGUGAAGAUCAUCCAAGAGACAUUUGGUCAAAAUUCUUUAAUGUACACCAUGGUGCUCUUCACCAGAGGAGAUGGUCUGAAGAACAAAACUAUUGAACAGUGUUUGGGGAAACCUGGAUCUCUUUUGAUGAAUCUAAUAGAAACUUGUGGAAACAGAUACCAUGUGUUCAAUAAUAAUCAGACUGAAGACCGAACACAGGUGUCUGAUCUGCUGGAGAAGAUAGACGCCAUGGUGGAAGCAAACGGUGGGAGUUUCUACUCAUGUAAGAUAUUCAGAAAGAUGGAAAGAGAAAAACAAGAACAACAAAUGAAGUUCCUCAUGGAGAGAGUGGAGCAACUGAACAGAGAAAGAGAAGAGCUGACAAAGAAACAUGAAGAAGAGAAAGAAAGAAUGCAGAUGAUGAUGGAGGAACAAAGACAAAAUCAUGACAAAGAGAUGACGAGGAGAGAAGAAGAAUUUAGAGAGAGAGAAAUACAAUAUAAAAUGGAAAUGAGAAGAGAACGAGAGGAAUGGGAGAAACAGAAAAAACAAGAUGAAAGGAUGAGAAGAGCUGAAGAGGAUGAGACCAGAAGAGAGAAGAAACAGAGAGUGUGGGAUGAAUUUAAUCAAAGAUUUAAACAGGAGAAAGAGAGAAUGAAACAAAAGAAAUAUGAUCUUCAAUCUAAACAAGAAGCAGAAGAAAACAUGAAGCUCCUAAUGGAGAUAGUGGAGGAAAUGAACAGAGAAAAGGAAGAUCUGAUGACCAAACUAAAAGAAGAGAAAGAGAUUAUGAAGACGAUGAUAGAAGAAGAAAGACAAAAUCAUGACAAAGAAAAAAAGAGGAGAGAAGAGAAACUCAAAAGAGAAAUAACAGAACAAGAACUACAUCAGAGAGAAAUAAGAGAUGAGAUGAGACGAGAACGAGAGAUGUUCGAACAUCAAAUUGAGAAAAUGAGGCAAGAGAAAGAAAAAGUUAAAACAGAAAGAGAAAAACUUCAACUCCAAUAUGACACAGAAAUAGACAAACUGAUGAAUAAACUGGAGACUGACAGACAGAACCAAGAAAAAGAGAGAAGGAGAAGAGAAGAAGAAUUUAAUAAGAGGGAAGAACAAUACAAAACACAAAUAAAAGAAAAGGAGAAGAAAGAGCGAGAGAUCCAUGAAACCAUGAAGAAAGAACGAGAGGAAUGGGAGAGACAGAAACAAAAUGAAGAAAAGAAGAGAAGAGAAGAAGAGGAUGAGAAACAAAGAGAGAAAGAACAGAGAAUGUGGGAUGAAUUUAAUCAGAGACUGAGACAAGAGAGAGAUAGAGUGGAAACAGAGAAAGAAGAUCUUCAUUCUAAACAUGAAACACAAGAAAACAACAUGAAGAUCCUGAUGGAGAGAGUGGAGCAAAUGAACAGAGAAAAAGAAGAAAUGAUGAGAAGACUAGAAGAAGAGAGAGAAGCCAUGAAGAUGAUGAUAGAGGAAGCAAAACAGAACCAAGACAAAGAGAAAAAGAGAAGAGAAGACGAAGAUAAGAAGAGGUGGGAGAGAGAGAAACAGAUCUCUGAGGAACAGUAUCAGAGACUCAAGAGGGAAAUGGAGGAAGUGAUCAGAGAGAAAGAAAGAGUGGAACGAGAGAGACAAGAACAACUAGAGGAGUUUGAGAAGAGACUGAAAGAAGAAAGAAACAUCAGAGAAGAUCAACAAAAGACGUUUGAAGAAAAACUCCAACUACUUGAAGAACAGCAUGAAGAGAAACUAAAUAGAAGACAGUUGGAGAUGAAAGAGGAAGUACAGAGAGAAAACACAGACACAGACACAACAGGAGCCAGUCCAGAUCAACACUUUCAAAAAGAAAAGACUGAAAGAGAAAAAAUAGAGCAACUAUUUCACAGACUUCAUCUGGACGAGAACAAAAAUAAACUGAAAACUGUAGAAGCUCUUCAGUUAACUGCUCAUUCAUUAAAGGCCCAUAAGUCUUGUGCUGAGGAGAAGCUGGUUUGGAGUUUCAUACAAAAACUACUGAUGAUGAACUACAGAGCAAAAUACACUUAUGUUAAAGAUACCAAUGAACAGCAUGAUACACAACAGAGAGACAGUGAUGAUUUGAAAGAAAUGUCCAUGUCUAAUGAAGAAACAGGCCAAUCUGAGCGAAUUCACCCGAUGGAUGUUCAGAUGGCAGUGUUUCAUUGUGCUGAUAGUUUCCUGAAGCAGCUGAUGGUCACUAAACUGUCCCAGUGUCAGUACGCUCUGCCUCUGCUUGUUCCUGAUCCAUUCACUCAACAGAUUGAGUUUCCUCUCUGGACGUUUAGACAAAUCAACAAGAGCUGGAAGAUGACCAACACCAACAAUGAAAUCAUCAGUCAAACCCAGCCCAUCUACAUGGCAGAAACUCCAAUGGUGUUUUUCUUCAGGUUUGGCUCGGUGUCGUCCUCCAAGUCUCAGCUGAUGAACAGUCUGAUCAAUGAGAAACACAACACGUUCUUCCACAGGAACUGUCCCGGCAGCAGCAGAUCCAGACUCCUGAUGGAUGGAGUGGUGGAGAUCGCCUGGUUCUGCCCUUCUGGAACAAAUGAUGAUAAAUUCACUGACUGUGUUGCAUUCUGUAAUCUACACGGUGACGCAGGAGACCAUGAGAAACAGCUAGAGAUCCUCACUGAAAUGAGCUCAGUCAAUGUUGUUCUUUUACCACAACUUGACAGGAAUGAAAGCGUUAAAAUGAUCCAAAAUCUGUACACAAACAAAAAGCCACUCAUUUGUCUUCUUACUGAGGAUGAAUCUACUGUAACAGAGAUCAAUAACACAAAAUUCAAAAUCGGUCUGAAGGAAAGAAGUCAUUCAGAUGCAUCUGAAGAACUCAGGAGAGCUAUAAAUGAUUGUCUGUCAGAAACUUCUUCCACUUUCAGACUUGAAGAUGUGUCCAAACACUCAAACAUCAGAAUAAAUGAAGAAGAUGAUGAUGACUGCAGGAAAGGAAGAGAAGCAGCACAGCAGAUGAUGAGUUUACUGGAGAAGAAAGAUCUGAGAGAAAUCAAAGAAUCAUUUCUGCCUCAUCAGGGGAAACUGUGGCAUCAGUGGAGUCAGAAGAACAAAGAACUACAUCGGCCUCGAGCAGAUGAGACAGAAAUGGACAUCAGCAGAAAACAAGCCAACCUCAUGAGAUUACGUGAGCAGCAGCAUGCAUUUAACAUAAGUACUUUCAUACAGUUCUUUAUUAAAGAAUUUAACUUGUUUGCUGAGAACAAAAUCUACUUUCUAAAAUGGCUUGAAAUCUUCCUGGAUGAAUAUAUUUCAAUGGAUAUGUCUGUUCUUCAUCGGAAGUAUGAGGAACAGUGGUCAGCAGUUGUAAAACUGAAAGAGAAGAAUUAUAAACCUGAACAACUCAAAACUGAACAAGAAGAAUUUGAGAGAAUAUAUGAGGAAAUUCAAAUGGCGGGCUUUGGUUUGGAGCACAUCAUGAGUGAGAUCGGUCAGAUCUAUGAAUCAUGUUCAUCUGUGAAGAAAAACAAGAAAGACCUGCAGGUUCACUUCUCUUCUCUCCCGAGUCUUGCAGCUGAGAUGAUGAUCUCUGGAUUUCCACUGGAGCUGAUGGAUGGAGAUGCUGCUCAUGUUCCUGUGAUCUGGAUCUCUGCUGUUCUAGAUCAACUCGUCCAGAAACUGGGAGACCAGAGAGUCUUUGUGCUGUCAGUUUUAGGGCUUCAGAGCUCUGGGAAAUCCACCAUGCUGAACGCCAUGUUUGGACUUGAGUUUGCUGUCAGUGCUGGGAGGUGCACCAGAGGAGCUUUCAUGCAACUGAUCAGGGUCUCAGACGAGAUGAAAACACAGAUGAUCUUUGACUAUAUUCUGGUUGUAGAUACUGAGGGUCUUCAUGCUCUAGAACAGUCUGGAAGGUCAACAAGAGAUCAUGACAAUGAACUGGCCACAUUUGUUGUAGGUCUUGCAAAUCAAACCUUGAUCAGUAUAUUUGGAGAAAACCCAUCUGAGAUGCAGGACAUUCUUCAGAUUGUUUGUCAGGCCUUCAUGAGGAUGAAGAAGGUCAGAUUGAAUCCCAGCUGUGUGUUUGUGCAUCAGAACGUCUCAGACGUCACAGAUGGAGAGAAAAACAUGGAGAGAAGGAGACGACUGCAGGAGAAACUGGAUGAGAUGACAAAAAUUGCUGCUAAAGAUGAAGGCUAUGAUGCGGAAUGUUUCAGUGAUGUCAUUAGAUUUGAUGUUGAGAAAGAUGUGAAAUAUUUUGCUCAGCUCUGGGAAGGCGGCCCACCAAUGGCACCACCAAACCCAAACUACUGUGAGAACAUUCAAGACUUGAAGGAAACUAUUGAGACUUAUGCAUCAAAAUCACAUGGAAUGACGCUGACACACUUUAAAGAUCGUGUUAAAGAUCUUUGGGACGCUUUACUGAAGGAGCAAUUCAUCAUCCACUUCAAAAAAUCUCUGGAGAUUUCAGCCUACAGGAAACUGGAGACCGAAUACAGCAAAUGGUCCUGGAGUCUGCGCAGUGCCAUGAUGGAAACUGAGAACAGACUGCACAAUCAAAUAGAAAACGAAACAAUUCAUAAAGUUGAGGAAACUAAUCUUCAGAGAGAAAUGAAGAAGACAAGUGAAGAAGUGACAAAAUCAAUGUCAGAUUUUUUUGACAAAGACACUGACGCUGAAAUACUGAUUCAAUGGAAAACAUCAUUUGAAAUCAAAAUCAAAGAACUUCCGGAAAACAUUGUGAGAGAAACAAAGAGGAAAUUAAAUCAGAUUAUUCAGCAACGUGACCUGAAGAAAAAGAUUGAUGCUCAGAGGACACACCAUGAAAACACUCUCAUUGAAAAGAGCAAAACACUUGCCUUAGAAUUGAAAGACAAAACAAGUGAUGCAGAAAUCCUGAAGAAAGAGUUUGAUUUGUUUUGGAAACAGUGUGUGAAGACGAUCAUCACAGAGAGUCCUCCAAUCAAAGACAUUGACAUAAUCAGAGAUUUGAAACUCCUUCUCAGUGACAUCUAUAAAAGUGUUUCUGUGGACCAACGUACAGAGAAAAGUGAGAGCAAGGAUGUUUUUUCUGUACCGAGUUAUUCAGAUUAUGUAGAGCUAAAGAAAUCCAGUGGAUUCACAGGAUCAGGAACAAACAUCCGCAGAUCAACUAAGAAGUUUGGUUACAGUCUAUCAAGAGAAGAUGAAGCCCAAAUAAGAUCAUUAGUCACAGACAUUGCUCAGCAUACAGACUCAAUGAUCAUGUCAUUUAACAUUUCAAAGAUGGGCUACAACAUCAGAUGCAUUCAACAAAUCACUGAUUACAUCAAGAAGAUGGUAACAGAACAUCAGGAAGGACCAGUGAAAUAUGUGUUCAAGAAUGAAUUCUUCAGGGAUUUGGUUCUUUCCAUCUGUAUGAGAGCAAACAAGAUGAUCACAGACCAACACAGACUUUUCAAGGAUGCCAAUGAUCCUGCAAUAUAUGUUAAGAAGAAGAGAGAAGAGUACUACAGUAGUUUUAAGAAAUACUGUCAUGAAGCAACAUCAGUUACCAUUUUUGGUGAGAUCAUCUGUCAGAAACUGAAAGAGCCCAUUGAGCAGAGUGUCUACAAGCAGACGGCCAGAGAUUUAGCAGAUGAAAUCAGAAUAAACUGUGAAUCACUGAAUGGAAACCGAUCAAAACUGGAGAAAUACAUCCUGAAGACACUGGCAGAAGAGAAUGAUUUUGACAAAUACAUGAACUACAUUCAUAAUCCCAGAGAUCACUUCAAGAGUUUCAUCAGAGAUGAAGUCAAUCGGUACAUCACUGAUAAGUUCAGUCUCAGUGUUUUACCCAAGAUGAAGGAGAACAUUAAACUCCUGCAGCAGAAGAUCAUGGAAGCAGCUCAUGAAUCUACUGAAGGUGUUCAAGUGAACAAUGGAAAUGUUGGUUUUUGGUUGAAGAGCUUCACACAGAAGCUCUCAGACGUCCUGAUCUUCUCUGAAAAAGACCUCAGUGGAGUGAAACAUGAUGAUGUUGAUGAUUUCAGCCUCCUACAAGAUGUGAUAAGAGAUAAACUUCCUGAUGUAAUGUCUGAGAUCAGCCUCAGAUUCAACACAAAGGCUUUUCCCAAGAAUCUGGACUAUAAGUUCAGAGCAGAUGAGCUUCUGAGUGAUCACUUCUGUCAGUGCUGUUGGGUUCAGUGUCCGUUCUGUAAAGCUACCUGCACCAACACCAUAGAAAACCAUGAGGGGGAUCACAGUGUUCCUUUCCAUCGUGUUAUUGGACUAAAUGGGAUGCAUUACAAGAAUACAACAAACUUGUCGACUAGCAUCUGCACAUCAGCGGUAGCAAGCAAUCGAUCUUUUUAUCCCGAUACCUCAGAUGAUAAUGUCCUCUGGCAACAAUAUAGGACAGCAGGAGGGGAUUAUGCAGACUGGAGCAUCACCUCUGACCUCUCUGAGCUGCCGUACUGGAAGUGGUUUGUGUGCAGAUUCAAGAAAGAUCUGGAAAAAUACUACAAUAAAACAUUUGAGGGGAAGGGGAAGAUACCAGAUGAAUGGAGAAAAUGUUCAAAACAGGAUGCUAUUGAAAGUUUGGAUCAAUAUAUUUGAGGAAAGAUACAGAAUGAGAGCGCAACACUGGAUUCUUCUCAGAUCACAGUUAGAGAAGAAUUUUUAAUAUAAAUCUUAGCAAAUACUCCUGUUACAAGAGGCUGAUUGCCAAGACCUGGUUCCUCAUACAAGCAUCUGCAAAAUUAUUUGCGCUUCAAAAC